AUGCCACCAACUGUAAAACUUCACGAAACAACAGAUAAAAUUGAGGUAGGCAGAGGAGUUCGACAAGGGGAUACUAUUUCGCCUAAAGUUUUUACAGCUGUCCUUGAAUACGCAAUGAAAUCACUCUCUUGGGAGAAUAGGGGCAUAAAUAUCGAUGGUGAAAGGUUGACACAUCUAUUCGCAGAUAACAUCGUCCUUGUCUCACAUAACAUCGGAGAUUCAAAGCAGAUGCUCGAAGAAUUAGUGCAGGCCUCAUUAAAAGUCGGUCUCCGGAUAAAUACGAGUAAAACGCAAAUAAUGACAAACUUAGUGCUGACACAGAACAUCAGAAUAGGUGACGCCGACAUAAAAGAAACACAUAUAUACAAAUAUCUCGGGCACGAAAUACAAAUCGGAAAGAACAACCAGGCACACGAGAUACAGCGCGGAAUAGGUUUGGGUUGGGCUGCUUUUGGCAAACUGCAGGAGACCUUUAAAAGUGAUAUACCCAUAUGCUUGAAGAGGAAAGUUUAUGAACAAUGCGUCUUGCCGGCUCCUGACCACAACCCCAUUGUAGGAACCUUAGAUGUGCGGCUCAAAAAACUUAAAACCAAACGACCUACAACAGUUGAUAUUACCAAGCUUCGACAUUUACCUAAACAAUCUGAGGUCAAAGACAUAGUAAAUCAGAAACUAGCAGCCAUAAACACCCACGAUUUUGGAAAUAGUAUAGAGCAAGAUUGGGACACCCUGAAGAACGCAAUUGUCGCCAUAGAAAAAGAAGUCAUAGGCCCAAAAGAAACAAAAAAGAAAAAAGAAUGGAUGACCGAGGAAAUACUACGGAUGAUGGAUAGGAGAAGAUCAUACAAGAAUAAAGACACAUCUAUACAAAAAAUUAGAUAA